AUGACCAAUCCUUUCUCCAUGGAUUUGAAGGAGAGCACCAGCGAGGGAAGCCUGGGCAGCCUGCAGCCCUCCAGCCUCCAGAUCUUUGCCAACACCUCGACCCUCCACGGCAUCCGCCACAUCUUUGUCUAUGGACCUAUGACUGUCCGGCGGGCCCUGUGGGCUCUGGCGUUUGUGGCUUCCCUGGGCCUGCUCCUGGUAGAGAGCUCUGAGCGGGUGGUCUACUACUUCUCCUACCAGCACGUCACCAAGGUGGACGAGGUCGUUGCCCACAGCUUGGUCUUCCCGGCAGUCACCAUUUGCAACCUGAACGGUUUCCGCUUCUCGCGCCUGACCACCAACGACCUGUACCACGCUGGGGAUCUUCUGGCCUUACUGGAUGUCAACCUGCAGGUCCUGCAUCCACACCUGGCAGACCCGGCGGUCCUGGCCGUGCUGCGGGAGAAGACCAACUUCCAGCACCACCGAGCCAAAGUCUUCAGCAUGAGCGAGUUCCUGGGGCGGGUGGGCCACGACAUGAAGGAGAUGCUGCUCUACUGCAAGUUCCGAGGGCAGGAGUGCAGCCACAGGAACUUCACAGCUGUGAGUACACACAAGAGUUUGAUUUCCUUGCUUCUUGUCUCAGCAGUGCUGACAGUAGGGGUGCUCGAGACGUGGCAGCCGGGUUUCUCUGUCGGAGACUUGGGCUGCUGUCGAUUCAGCGAAGCAGCUGCCUUGCACAGCACCAUGCUUGCUUGGUAUCGUUGUGGCAGAAAGGCUCUGGAGCUGCAGCAGAUGCCACCCCAA